UUGUUUGUUUUUUUUUUGUUUAUAUUUUGUGUUAUGGCAUGACGGAUAUAAAGUUCUAAUUUUAAGACCAGUUUUAUAACUUUUCGGUGUAUAUUUUUGAUAGAAAAUUUUUAAAUACCUACUUACAUCUGUGGAUUUGUGUUGAAAAUAACUUAACUGAUUUGGGAGAAAAAAGAAAAAAAUGGGUUGUUCACGAAUACUGUCAGUGCUGCGGCGCUGCAAAAGUCUGGACAGCGACUCCACCGCCACCCCCUUGGCCAGAUGCCUGGGUCUCAUCGAUUUGACGGGCCUGGGGAUCGGCAGCACCCUGGGUCUGGGAGUGUAUGUCCUGGCAGGCUCGGUCGCCAAGAAGGAGGCGGGUCCAGCGGUCACGAUCAGUUUCUUGGUAGCAGCUAUAGCUUCAGCGUUUGCUGGCGUAUGCUACGCCGAAUUCGCGUCUCGCGUACCCAAGGCGGGCUCCGCUUACGUCUACAGCUACGUCAGUGUGGGGGAGUUCAUUGCCUUCACCAUCGGCUGGAACCUAGUGCUGGAGUACGUCAUCGGCACGGCCAGUGUCGCCAAGGGCAUGGCCAACUAUAUCGACAGCCUCUGCAAUAAUACCAUCAGAGACGCCAUGUUGGAAGCCGCGCCAAUGAACAUCUCUUUCAUGGCGAAGUAUCCCGAUUUCUUCGCGUUCAGUCUCGUCAUGUUGAUAACGAUAUUACUGGCGUUCGGCGUGAGAGAGUCCACAAAACUGAACAACGUGUUUACCGUUCUCAAUCUAGUGACAGUCGCCAUUGUCAUUGUCGCCGGUGCCUUAAAAAGUGACCCGGCCAACUGGCGGAUUCCCGUGUCAGACAUCCCACCGGAAUACCAAGAUAAAGCUGGCUCCGGGGGUUUCAUGCCAUUCGGCAUGGCCGGCGUCAUGGCCGGCGCCGCCAAAUGCUUCUUCGGCUUCGUGGGGUUUGACUGCGUGGCCACCACCGGCGAGGAAGCCAAGAAUCCAAAAAGAGACAUACCAUUGUCCAUCGUUUUCUCCUUAGUCGUCAUAUUCGUGUCCUACUUCAGUAUUGCUACGGUUCUGACCAUGAUGUGGCCGUAUUAUUUGCAGGAUGCCGACGCCCCUUUCCCCUACGUGUUCGCUCAAACCGGACUGCCCGCCAUCAAGUGGAUUGUGACCAUCGGCGCGGUGUUUGCUCUGUGCACCAGCCUCCUGGGCGCCAUGUUCCCGCUACCCAGGGUCCUGUACGCGAUGGGAACGGACGGGCUGCUGUUCAGACCACUGGCGACUAUACACAAGUGGACGAAGACACCGAUGCUGGCGACGAUACUUAGCGGACUUUUCGCUGCGACAAUGGCGGCGGUGUUCGACCUGGACCAGCUCAUAGACAUGAUGUCCAUCGGAACCCUGCUGGCUUACACCAUCGUGGCGACCAGCGUACUUAUACUCAGAUACGAAGACACAGACGACUCGAUGCGCAGCCUGCAAGCCAGCAAGCCGGUCUCGGAGACUCCGUACUCCAUCGCCAAGCAGACCUUCAACCUGUUGGGGCUCAAGAGACCCAAUCUACUUUCUGCUACUAUUGCCAAAAUCACCAUUUUACUAUUGUUUAUCCUGGCGCUAGUGACGUGCGUGCUGGCCCGGUUCGAGGCGGGCGGCGCGGCGCGCGACACGGCGCUGGGCGCGCUGGGCGCCGCGCUGCUGGCGCUGCUGCUCGUGCUCUACCGACAGCCCCGGCAUGACGUCAAACAGCUCAGCUUCUCUGUCCCGCUGAUUCCCCUGGUUCCUUACCUCAGUGUGUGCAUGAAUCUAUACCUGAUGGUGCAGCUGGACCACCAGACCUGGAUCCGGUUCAUCGUGUGGCUGGCCAUAGGUUACCUGAUAUACUUCUGCUACGGUGUACGUCACAGCUCACUCAACAUUACUGAGAUCCCGACCACACUUGAUGGAAAAACAGGCAUCAAUGGAAUUAUCCAGGAGAAGCCCACAAAAACAGCCAACGGUAUGCAACAUGACAAUGGGAAAGACAUCAAAGACGUUCAGAAAGAAAAACAUCACAUGACUACCAAGUUUUAGUAUUAUAAUGACUUAUGUAAAAAAAAUAUUACAGUGAAAAAUAAUUCUAGGGACAAUAUAGAUAGAGUUAGUUUUGUGACUUGUGACACUAUAUUGGGUGAAAGGUUGUAUAUUAAAAGUAGAGUGACACUUCAUAGCAUAAAUAAUAAAUUUACAUGAGAAAUUGACAUUCCAAACUAACUUUUGAAUAGAAAAUGAAAUCGCAAUGAAAAUUUCAUCCAUAAUUUUUGUAAUAGGUAGGUAUAUUUUUAAAUUAAUAAUUUCUUUGCCUGUUUUUUUUUGUUAUAUGUAUGUAUAAAUGUAUUGUAUUGUAUGUGACAAGUAUGUGCAAUGUAGAUAAUUAUAAUAUGUAAUGCCGAAAUUAUAUAAUUGUAGACAAGUGUAGAAUAGUUUUGAAACUUGCCCAAUGUUAUACUAACUGACAAUUCUAGACUAAGUAUGUUUAAAAUUUAAGUAAAGUUUUAUAUGUUUUAGUUUAGUUUAUAAUUAAUUAAUUUUCAGCAAUUUUCUUAUUGACAAAAUAUUAUAGUCGUCAAUAAAAAAUAUUUACUUGUUUCGUCGAUUUCGAGAAAGUAUCUAACUUAAUUUAAAAAUAGACUCCCAGUUUUUGUAGCUUCGACAUGUUUAAGAGAAAUCUAUUUAUAUAUUAAUCUAUUGUUAUUGUCUUUAUUAGAACUUUAAUAUUCUAUAGUUGUAACAGUAAUUUAAAUUUUUAAGCGAUAUUGUGCAAUAUAGCGGGGCGAGAUUGAGAAGUAAAAGCCAACUACGGGAUAACAACUUUACUUCGGUAACUUAUAAAAAGAAAUACAGAACUCGCUCGCUAAUAAGAAGUGCAUACCGCACCGGUCCGCGCGUUGUUUAAAGACUGACUUGUUCAAUGAGGCGCACGGGCGGUCCUCUGCGCGGGCGCUGGGAACGGCGUGGUAUGGACGAGGGGGGUGGAGGGUGACGCGAUGUCUCCCCGGAAGGGCCUACAAUGUUGCCCGCUAUAGCAACCAGUUUUACUACAAGCGAAUCACGCGUCUCAACCGCUGUUGGUUCGUACGAUUCGCUCGCUCGCUGAAACUUAGCAUUGUCAAUCGUCGUUAUGCCUAGGAUAAGUCCUUACAGCACAUUAGGUCUUAUAACCGAGGGUACCUAGUUAACACAUUUCCAAUUAUUAAUUCUAACCGCAAGUCUCAUGAUGGGAAUUUUCGCCGUAGUGAACUAUGCGUAGUCUGACCUUUUUGAUAUAAAAUUGUGCCCUCCAAUACCGGAAAGAUCUAAAAGCAUUGUAUUAUUUGAUAGAACAUUCCAUUUAUGUGUGAUUUGAAGACAAUUACGUAGAAUUUAAUAAGAGAAACAGAGAUUUUAUUAUUUAUUCUUUAUUUAGGCAAGUCUAGCCACAUCUAACAGCCUAGUUAUUUAUUUUAUCGACAAACUUGUAAAUAAUAAACAAAUUUGAAUGUUUUAUAUUAUAUUUUUAUAGUUUUUAGCCAUCAACCAGUGAGAAAAAUUCUUUGUAGAAACAUGACGUGUGUCAAAGCUUUUUUGAUUUUUUGUCCAGAAAAAAUUCCGAUAAUUGGGAAAACUUACCCAAUAAUCAAAUUACCCUAACAUGUGCUAUGAAACCACUUUCUUUAAAUCUUUUAUUCACAUAAUGUAAUAACACAGGAUUACUACAGUUUUUUCUAUUAUUCAAAGUAAGUCUUUGUUCUACUCACUUGAGUUAUUAAACCCUAACAUAAAAUAGGAAAUGAAAUCCUUUAAACUGUUAUUUUAUUACAGUUACAGGCAAAAACUUAAAGCAAUGCACGCUGUACGGAAACGUUUAAUUAACUUGCAGAUCGAGAUAACAGGAGGACCCAAGGUUCCCCCUCAAAGGUCACAACUGGGUCUAACGCCCGGAUAAUGUGUGUGAAAAGGGCCGGUUAUCUGUUCAUUUGGUCCAAUAUGGGUUGGGUUCCUCUGCAAAGAUUGCGGUUUAAAAUGGAGAAGGUUUGUGUUAAAACCUGAUUUAUUCAAUCCAGGGUCAAAAAACCACCACGGGCUCGUCUCCAGGGGAUGUAGCCGUGAUAAACUCAAGUGCCUAAGCACUUAUCAGUGCAUUGGUCUGAAGUGCUGAAGCUCUGAUCAGCGCUCGCCUUACUUGCCCUAAUUUCAUUUUAUUUUGAGUAUUAAAUGUAUUACUAUAAGAUUGGAAAUUCUCUUUUCUCUAAAAAUUGAUUUCCCGCGGGCAGAUGAGGGUUCGGCAGCUUAAACCUUACCGCCAAAAGGAAGAUGUUAGAUUUGGCUAGCAUUUGUCAGUAUUGUGAUAUUUGAUCGUGAUUGUGUAACAUAAUGUACUUAAGCGUAGUCUAAGCAAUAACAAACUGUGAUGCGACGGUAUGUCGAUGCCUUGUAAUAAAUUUGAUGAUGACAUUAAUUAUUUUUAUUUA